UGGCGGUGGUGGAAAUUAGCUUACAGUGCAUUCACCUUUGCGUUUGUCAGCGUGUUCCGGUGCCAAGACGGUGCAGUUUGUUUCUUCUAGAAGGAGAAAAAUUGCGCAAAGCCCGCAGCAACGUAAAACCAACUUGCGGAGCCUUGUGACAAGUGCCAGAACUUUGACUCGGUUGCAGCGACGAAAAAUUGAGGCUGCAGAAAAACUGGAAGUUACGAUCCGGUGUUGAUUUAUAUGCCUGUGCCAAGCGAAUACCCUACACAGUGUGCGGUCGGCCGUUAGAGCGAGAGUUGAUUGUGCAACGUACUCGGUUUCCAAAGAACUUACUAAGCAACUGUGUGUCGUCGGUGCUCGGAUGCUGUGAGUGGGUCGAAACGGAGCCAACGUUCUAGAAGUUUUCUGCCUAGUACAAGGUGUCAAACUAAAGCAUAAUCUAAUUGGUUCGGUGUUGAUCAUGAACGUGCACUCGUCGAUAAGGCAACUGUCGUUACCCAGUUCGGUCGAAGCCACGCUCAGGGCCAAGAUGGUGAUAGUGCUGCUGUUGUUCGUGGCUGCAGUUCAGGCCAAGGAGAUUGCCAUUAGGAAUAAGGAUUUCCCGCAGCUGAAGGAGAAACCUGAUUGGCUACGAGUCUGCCGGCGAGACAACCCCAACGAAGACAACUGCUUCAAGAAGAUGUUCGAAGAAACGUUUCCAUACAUUGCCAAAGGCAUAUCCGAAAUCGGAGUGCAAUCGUUCGACCCGUUGCGAAUCGAAUCCGUCCAGGUUUCGCGUGGUUCCGGGGCCCUGACGCUCAGCGGUGGCUUCAAGAAGCUCAACAUCAAGGGCCCAUCGAAUACGACCGUCAAGCAUGCCAGUCUGGACUUCAAGAGCCACGCUCUCAGUUUUGAUCUGGAGAUCCCUAAGCUGAAAAUCGAUGCCAUCUACAAUCUGAAAGGGAACGUUCUUCUGCUGCCGCUGGUAGGCGACGGCGACGUAACGAUGGUGCUGAAGGACGUCAAAACCUCCGUCGUGACCAAGUUCAGCGUGCGUCCCUUGCCCGAGGACGCGAUCUUUAUCGAGGAGAUGAAAGUCACCUUUCUGGUUGGCGGUAUGCGCAUUCAUCUGGACAACCUCUUCCAAGGCAACCAGGUCCUGGGUGCGUCGUUGAAUCUGUUCUUGAAUCAGAAUGCCAUCGAAGUGAUUGCCGAGCUGCGGCAGGAUCUCGAGUACGGGCUGGCGGAUAUCUUCACCGGGCUGUGGAAUGAGCUGUUCAACAAGCUGCCUCUGAAGCUGUGGAUGGUGUGAAGGGUGUUAUUGUGAUUGGAUGUAGGGAGACAAUCGCUAGGGCAGUAAAAGUGAUUUAAUGCAUGAGUAAACAUGCAACAGCUUACAAACUAUGCGGACGUACGUACAAUUUCUGUGUAAAUAUUGACUUAAGUCGAUUGUGAUCGUGAGCUCUAAUGGAUCUGUUUUUAUUUAGUGUUAUAAGUGGCAUCUGAGCGAGUAGUUUCUUUGUUUUUGGAAGAACUGAAAAAAAUCUCUGACGAGAUUGUUACUAGGCCUAGAUUAGCAAAAUUAUCGUGUAAAUAGGAUCUAAAAAUUAAACGAAAAAUAUAUACA